AUGAAGUUUUUGCAAAGACCGGUGAUUUAUGGAGGGCGACCGGAUAUAAAGGUGCAAGGGCGUAAAUCUGAUUAUGACAUUGGUGUUUGUGUUUUUAGCUCCAGUAUCAACUCCAUAAUAAUAGUAAUAAUAAAUAAAAGCGGAAAGCGAAGUGUGAUUUCCACAGAGUCGUGUUUCCUCCUGUUUUCUGUGGAGAAUGGAGAAGAUGUGAAGUUAUCCUGGUACAGAGAGAAUGAGAGAAUCUCCAUCACCAAUAACACAGAUCUCAGUGUUCCCCUCAAUCUCCCACUUCAAAUACAACACAAUGACACUAACACUUACAUCUGUGUGUCUGCAAACCCUGUCAGCAAUAAAACAACUUCUCUCAACAUCACACAGCUCUGUUCUCACAUCUCAGUUGAUUGUCCCCCUUUACUGCUUCCUGCUCUGAUAUCUGCUGGACUUUUUGUGUUAUUAAUUAUAAUAUUAAUAAUUUGGGGGAUUCGGCUGAAAAAGAAAAAAACACAAGAAAUUCCUGAUGUACUGACUUACGCUGAUGUGAAUAUUAAAGCUCACAGUGCAGAGAGAGAUAAAGAGGAAGAAAACUCCACAGUAACGGAUGUUGAAGUAGAGAGAGACGCUGUGGUGUAUUCAGACGUGAGGAGAUCCAAAUAAUUCAACACAUCGCUAUAUGAUAAAUAUUUUAUGUUUUUGCACUUCUCAUGCUCUGUCAGAGUGACGCACUCACUGGAAAGCUUUCUUCACUUUAUCUUCACAUGCUCAUAGACAUAGACAGUUGACUAGUGUUGCUGUGAAUGACCGGGGACAGAGUAUAUGCCCUUCUCACCCCGAGAGCACGGCCAGAUUUGCCCUCUUAACUGGACACCUUGAUGAUGAAGAUACAGGAGCACUUUUGGAGUCUGGUUCCUCUCAAGUUUAUCACUCACGUUGCCUCAGGUUGCUUUUUCUUCCCUCUGCUGCCUUGGUCUUACUCAUUAGUGAUGAAUGUUACGUGUCCAGACUUUCUCUACAGACUACUGUAAUAUGGUUCAAAUAUAUAAUGUAAUGCCUUCCUGAUGGUUUACAAACUAAAGUGCAAUUCUGUGGAAAUUGCUGCUUCCACCUUGUGGUCAGAAUCUGUACUUUACACAACACUAAAAAUGUGCUGAUAUUUUACAUGCUGUUUUUAUUACAUUUGCCUGUGAAAGUUCAGGAAGACACUGACUGAUUACUGCUGAGAGCCAUGAAUCUUGUAUAAUUCAGCAACACCAAUAAGCUUGAUUUAAUAAAACUGUGCAUUAUAAAAUGUAACUGUAAUGAAACGGAGAUUUAAUAAAAUUCUACGUUGUCAAAA